CAUUUAUGAAGGCUUGUGCUGAACGUCUGGGCACAGGGAGAAAAUCAAUUUUUGGUUAAAGUUGAAGCGUGUGUGGUUUCUAAAAAAUAUUUGUGCAAUAAAAUUUUAGUGAGAACUAUUUUGGCAUAAAGUGAAAGUGGUGGUGUAUAUUUAUAAACGAUAUAUACAUUAUAAUUGCAAGUUGUCAUGGCGGCCGUGGGAUCGACCAAUAGGAACGCUCGAUGCGUCGGUUGUUAAAGUGUUCUUUUUCGCUUUGCUAUACGCGUCAUUUAAGUAUUGAGUGAUUUUUUGCAGAAGUGAUUAAUUUCAUCUUGUUUAAUAACAGUAAACGCUGAAAAUGACAUGAGAAAGCAUGUUUGUGCAAGAAAAAUGCCAAGCAUCCAAGCACAAUGUAUUUUGUGUUGUUUAUCACGUGACCUAUCCGAUUAUUAUGGCGGAAAGAUCGGACAACGACCAUAAAGUAAAAUUUUGACAUUCCCAUUUGUUGUUUGUCGUUUGUUUUCCUAAUCUACCACGUGUAUUUUAUUCAAAGAUUGACAGUUGACCCCAAGGAUGUCAACAAGAGGUAUGAAAAAGAGGGGGCGUCCCCCUAAGGUCCAAGUAGCAGAAAGAACCAAAAAAUUUCAGAUACACCUUCUUAAGAAACCCAAAUAUUUGUUAAAUUAUAAAGGUCCAGACUCUCAGUCAAGUACUCCAACAGCUUCUAGAGCAUCUUCCCCACACGAGAGUGAGUCUAGUAGGCGUAGUAGUAAUAGAAUUAGGGGUAAAGAUGGGCAUAGAGCUGGUCGAAAAUCUGGCUAUGCUGGAUCUGUUUAUCAACGUAGGGGCUACAAUACAGCCCCGAAUGACUAUCAUGAAUCUGAGUACCAUUAUGGCUCAGAUUUUGGAGAUGAUUCCAGUGAAAACAAAAGUGAUAUCGAAGAUGAAAUGGGGUUGAGUGAGAGUGAAUCUGAAGGAUCUGUGCCUGACCGUGGUAGUGAUAGUGACUUUUCAUUAAGUGGUUACAGUACUGUUAGUGGAACUCCUCGUAAAUGUUACAGUUUGAAUAGGGCACCCACGCCAGAUCCUCCUCUAUGGCUACAAAACCGUGAAAUACCUCCCCUAGUUUUACCUAAGUCUUCAGAUGAUUUAUUAGUACCUAAGGAAGAAAUAAUGGAAGUGCUUAGUAUAUACGAAGUAUUAAGACAUUUUAGAAACCUGGUAAGAUUAUCUCCGUUUAGAUUAGAAGACUUCUGUGCUGCUAUAAUGUGCGAAGAUCAGAGUAGUCUUUUGGCCGAAAUUCAUAUUAUGUUACUCAAAGCUUUAUUAAGAGAGGAAGAUUCUCAACAGACUCAUUUUGGACCUCUUGACCAAAAAGAUAGUGUAAAUAUAUCUUUGUACCUGGUUGAUUAUAUUACUUAUCCUGAAGUUUUAAGAGCUUAUAUAGAAAGCGACAAAGGCUUUGAUCAAAAGAUAUUAGAAAUACUUUCUACUACGGAUUAUCCUUUCUCAACACUUGAGGAUAGAAUAAAAGUUCUUCAAUUUUUAACAGACCAAUAUUUGACUACAAACCAUGUAAGAGAGGAUUUGAUCAGCGAAGUUUCUAUUGGAUAUGAUGACCAUUGUCGAAUAUGUCACAAGCUUGGAGACCUACUGUGCUGUGAAACAUGUCCAGCAGUAUACCAUUUGGGAUGUGCUGAUCCCCCCUUGAGUUCGGUUCCUUUAGAUGAUUGGCAGUGUCCACUAUGCAGAUCUCAUAGAGUCUCUGGUGUUGUUGAUUGUGUUAGAGGUUUGGAGAAACAGGGACUCUUAUCUAGACAGGAGCCUUUAGGAUAUGACAGACAUGGAAGAAAAUACUAUUUUCUCUGCAGAAGGCUGUUUGUUGAAAGUCAAGAAGGUGAAAUCCAUUAUUACUCAACACCUCUUCAGUUCCAAGAAGUGAUGAAGAGCCUGGAUGCCAAAGAUAUGGAGAGUAUUUUAUACAGGGAGCUACAAGAUCUUAGUGGUGAAAUAACAAAACAUAUGGAGUUGACAGAAAAGCUCACUAAUCAAUAUAAAGCUAACAAAAAGACCUAUCUUGACGCUGAGAAUAGUGCUAUUAUUAGGAUGAAUAAAGAAAAAGAGGAAAAAUUAGAGGAAGAAAGGCGUCAGCUGGAAAAGCAUGAUGUUGAAAACGAAUUAGAAAAGAUGGAGGAAAUUGAAACCACCGAAGUACCAAUGGAUGUAGAAAAUACUGAGAUUGUAACUACAUCAACAUUAGAAAGUACAACUGAUACUAGUGAAACAGAGAAGGAAGAUGAGAAUAAUAAAAAUAAAGAAGUGGUUACAAGAUCUAAAACUGGUGCCUUAGUACCUAGAACUUUUAAUCUGGACGACUUAAGAAAGAAGACCUUGGGCCUUUUAAACAGAGAUGAUACUGAUGAGUCUAGAAUGACACGGUUAAAAUCUAGUCAAAUGGCCAAUGGCACAUAUUUGUUUAAACUUGGCAUGGAAAACUCAUUUAAAAUGUAUGUUAACCAAUUCGCAGUAAAUUCAAUUGCCUUAAAUAAACCCCAGAAAAAUGAAGAAAGAGAUAAGAAAAGACAUCUCUCUCAUAAAUUUUCACUGACUCCUGCUUCAGAGUUCAAAUGGAUAGGAGCAUGUAGUGGUUCCAAAACUCUUAUGUCAAAUACUUUAAGACAGAGUAUCUUACAACUUGAGCAGCAAGUUCAGUCUUCUUUUAUGCAUCCCAACUGGCAUCUGCUAAGGAAACACUGGUUGAAUCUAGUCGCAAAUUGCCAACAACCUAAGGAUUUUGCUAGAGUUCUUGUUGUACUGCAAGCUUGUAUUAAACCUGUUGUCUUUGCUAAUGUAUGGCAUGACCAUCUAGGACAUAUUAAGUUAGCUAGAAUUACAGCGACAGAAAGGGAGGAGCGAAAGAAGAUAGAGAAAAGGGAAAAGAAGGAAAGGGAAGAAGAGGAGGAGAGGAAUAGAAUGAUCAUCAGUGGUUAUGUGAAAUAUACAAUGAGUUUUAAGCACCAGUUAUGGAAACAGAAAGGUGAAGAGUACAGAAUUCAUGGAAGAUGGGGUUGGUUGUGGAUUAGGACACCUAGAAACUUUCAACAUGUUGAUUGUAGACAACUAGGCUUAGCUUCUCCUCAGAAAAUAAUGGUGCAUAUAAAAGAUACCAAUGGAACUAAGGUAAUGUCACUAGAUCCAGCAGCAUACAAAUUUCUCAAGUCUGGUAAUUUAAAUGAUGCAGAUGUUCCAAAUUCCCUGAAAAACAUGGAGAUUGUCCCUCCUGUUACAAAAUGUGAACAAAUUAAUGUCAGUAAAGCUCUAACUGCAGCUGGUCGAAUAUUGUACCCAAAAGUUGCCAAAAAAUCCAAAUUAGAUAAUUUAUUGGCAAGAAGAAUCCAACUGAAAACUAUGGAAGAACAGAAAAUUUCAACAUCCAAAUCAGAUGGAGUCAAAAAAGAGGAAGAUGUUGAUGUUGAAACAGAAGAAGAGCCUGUCAGUGAAGGUAUUGACAAACAACUAAAUAAUAUGAUGACAGGGAAAGUUGUUUUACCAAGUAACAGUCAACAAACUCCAGCCCCAAACAGAGAUGUACUGAAUUCUAUAGCAAAACGUAUUAACCUUUUAAGAACACAGUAUACCUCUAUUGCUAGGUUAGCGAAAGAUUUUCAAUGUUACGUUAAAGGAUGUAAUUCUGGGGCAGGUAACAGUAUAGAAACAACCUGUUAUUCACCUCUUUGUAUGCAGAGAGUAAGAGUGAGAAAAGAUCUCUUAAGUUUACUGAGAAAAGCAAAUCUAGCAACAAAUUCUCCAAAUAAGCUGAUCACAAUACAAGCACCUGCCAGUGUCAUUAAAAAGCCAUCAAUUUUAGAACAAACCCUAAAGGCACCUCAGUUGAGUUUGUUACCUAAAGAAAACAAAGAAACUCUUCCCUUAACAAGAGAAAAUAUCUGCAAAGGAUUGGUUACUGCUUUAGACACAGCUGCUAAAUUAGAAGACCAGACUGACAUUUAUGUACCUGUCAAAGAACCUAAACUUGAAGUAAAAUCUGAACCACAAGAGAUGGAUUUGAACAAAAUAUCUCCUGAGGCAGUAAAAGAAAUGAUUUUAGGAGCAAACCCUUCUAAAACUAUGACACAUACUGUAACUACAACAUCCACAGUUACUACAAGCACAACAGUAGUUGAUGGAAGAGUGAAAAGAUUAUCUUGUUCCGAAAACAUAACUGAUGUUGUUACAGUAACCAGUUCUUCAAAUAAUGGAUCAACUAGUUCGCUACAAACUUUCAAUAGCAGGAGUACUGCAUACAGUGCCCAACAAAACAGAAGAUUUUGUGCUUUUAAGCUAGGCACUAAAAGAGAAGAAAAAACAAUCAAAGCAGAGCGUGCAGAAGAUGGAACUGAAAGAAUAUAUUCAACCCAAAGUACUGAAGGGAAGGUAGUAUUAAAGAAAGUACCAUCUAUGGAUAAUAAACGCAAAGCCAAACAGAUAGUGAAAUAUCCAACCUGUUCCUCCUUUAAAACAUUAAAAAGUUGUUCUUCAUUAUUAGUACUACCACCUCAUGAUACUAGAAAACUAGGAAGAAAUGCUGGAAGGAUAUAUAUCCCAGGUUUCCAUGCUUUGGCAAAAGCAAAUCAUAGUGUUUGGCCAUAUCCCUGCUCUAGACCACUAUUCAAAACAUGCUGGGUCUUUAGAACAGUCAAUUUGAGAUCCCUAGCCUGUGCUGCUCUUCAGUUGAAGAUACUGUGGGCUUGCUUAAGGUGGGAUGACAUGCAAGUGAAGCCACAGAAUGUUGAUGGAAAACACCAGAUCACUACAGAGACUGAAAUUUUGUCCUUGGAACUGUUGAAACAUAGGCAUAAGGGAAGGUUCCUGGAGAAGACACAGUAUCUGCGGAGGAAGGUCGUGAUUCCUUUGGAGCUUCCAAAAACUAUACGAGAAGUAACUUCUAUAAGAAGUGGACUUAGAAAAAGAAAGAGACCAGAAUCACCACAGAAUAUGGAUCCUCAGGUCUCUGAAGAAUGGGUAGAUGAAGAUAAACUAGAGUUGUGGGAAAUUAAGCAAUACGGAGAAAAGAUCGAAAAGGUUAAUCAGCAAGUUAUAACUAGGAGUCGCACCGGCAAUCUUCCUCCGGCCAAGCCGACUAUCGAAGCCCCCGAUAUCAAGGUGGCGGUCAGCGGCAAGGCCACGCCCGAAGAGAUCAAGGAGAAGAUGGAGCAGCAACUGCGUCUGCAGAGAGCGGCUCACCAACAGAAGAGGGCUCUCGAAGUCAAGAAUAUGGGGUUGAAGAGCGGCGUGCUGGAGAUGGUGGGCAGUACGGCUCAAUCAACCUCUGCUAGUAGUACUACAGUAACAACAUCAAAAGCGUCAUCUACAAGUAAUGCGCCAUUACAAGCAAUACAACCUAAAGUGACGACUAGCGAUGGUCAAGUGAAGAUAGUGAAGAACGUCGUAGUACCAAGCCAGGCUAUAGUCAGUGGUAAAAAUACUCUAACCUCCUUACUUACUUCGAAUACUUCCAAAUUGGCCGGUAGAAGGAUACUGAUGACAAAGGGACCUGAUGGUACCACGAGAGUCAUAACAGGCUCGACUAUCAUACCUAAAACCCUGCCUACGACACAACAAAGUUUGAUAAAAGCUCCUGCGGUUACCGGAGCACAACUGGUUCAAACGCCCACGCAGAGUCAACAACCAACAACUUCAACUUCAACUCUAGCCAACUCACAACCGCAAACGCCGCAAUCUACCAAAGAUUCUCCGCAACGUGUUCAAAUAAUGCGCAUGCCCGACGGCCGCAUCAGCGUCAAAGGUCUUCUACCUGGACAACAGCUCGUUCAAUAUCCGGACGGUAAGCUUCAGGUUUUAACAACAUCACAACUCCAAUCGUCCGGUAUCGUAACGUCCAAACCGCCACCUCCAGUGACAACAACUCCCAAAGCUAUCAUUAAACAGACUAUACAAACUUCCGCAGGUACUAGGGCUAUUGUCCAAUCGUCUCCAGUGGUAAAGCAAGCCGUCAUCGGUCAACCCCAGGUUCAAACUCCACAAGCUGUGAAGAGUGUCCAACCGCAAGUAUCCACUCCACAAUCUCAACCUCAACAAGUGAUCAUUAAGCAGACUUCUGGUCAACCAUUGGUGCAGAAACUCACUCAAGGAAAUGUUGUUUUGGGAUCUGGAGGACAAGUUGUACAACAGCAGGUACUGCUGAGCACUAAUCAAGUCAUCAACCAAAAUGGACAACAGGUUAUAACAAACCAAAUUGUCGUCAAUAACCAGUCACUAGCCCAGCAGCUAGCUACGGGAAAAGUUCAAGUGGCUACCAUUAACGGCCAACAAGUACUAAUCAGACCAACUGGUAAUAACCAAGCCCAGGUCGUCGCACAGUUAACACCUGGACCCGUUACUCAAACAGUACCACAAGUACAGGCUCCGGUUAAACAGGUUGUUCGUCAAGCGGAACCUCAGCAGCAAGCGCAGUCGCUACCACAGCAACAAGCGCAGCCGCAACCACAAGUACAACAGCAGCCGCAACCUGUCCAACAGCCACCAACUUCGACACAUCAAGCCAUUCAGCAAGCUUUACAGAGUCCAACAAAACCGGCACAGGAUAGUCAGAUCGAUCAGGCGACUAUGGAUCAGUUAAUGACAGGUCAGCCGCCCGGAACAGUCAUUAAAUGCGUCACCGCGCAGGUUAUCCAAACUCAGCAAGGUCCCAGGAUCGUUCUACAGGGUCUACAAGGAGCUGACUUUACACCUCAGCAGCUAGCAGCUGUUCAACAACAAGUUAAACAACAGCUACUUAAAGCUCAAGCUUCAACCGGCAAGCAGGGGGUGUUGGGUCCCACCAAGAUCUAUCUCGCGGUGCAGCCCAGCAGUACAGAACAGUCAACGGAAACUACAUCAACAAAUCCCCCGCCUUUGGCUCCGGUACAACAAACCACCGCUCCCGCUCAGCCAGUUGUUUCCCAGCAAGUUGUCAACCCUACUGUCGUAACUCCGAAACAAACACCCGUUAAGCAGAUACUGCAACAGGCUGGCGAUGUACCUUCCCACGUGCGGCAGAUACUAGUAAACGGCCAGCAAGCCCAAACGUCAGCUCUACUGCAACACGUCAAACAACAAGUAGCCGAAAACCAACCUCAGCAGUCCCAGUUGGUUCCUGCGCAAGCUCAGUUACAGUCGUCCACUCAUACUCAGCCACAUGCUCAGCAGCAACGGGUAGUGACCUCUAGUGCCGACGCCAACAAGCAGUUCGUGGUGACUCCAGAUUAUAUUCAGCAAACGAUCAAAACGGCACUGAAACAAGAAAACCUAAAUCCAGAAAUCGAAGAGAAACUGCUUCAGCUUCAAAGGUAUCAGGAGCGGCAGAUGAAACACGAGCCCGAAAUUCCAGCACCGGUCGCGAAACUCAGUCAACCGAUCGUCAACUCACGGCAACCGACCACGUCUCGAAAACGGCCUUUAAGUUCUUCCAAAAAUGACGACGCAGACUGGGUCAUGGAGACUCCGAAGAGGAGCCGACCGAAUAGGACCACCGAGGUGAAGAAAGUCGAAGUGGAACCACAACAUGAGCCCACCAAAGAAAAAAUAGUUUCUCCCAGGACUAAGGUGAAAAUAAAAGAAGUUUGUGACUCCGAAAGAAAAGUUACAAAGCUGAUGGUGAUGCUGUUCAGGCACAAAGAAAUGCUGAAGAAGGAUAUACUCAGGAAAAGAGCUCUCUUAGAAAAAGAAUUGCAGUAUGAAAUUCAGCGGGAGGUAACAGAAGAACUAGCUGCCCGCACGAAAAUCGAAAGGACCAAGCAGGAUGAAGUACGAACUGGUAGUAGUAAGAGAAAAUCUGCUGCAACAGCCACCACUGCUGCCAUUACACCACCUCAACCAAAGACUUCCACCUCUUCUUCCUCUUCGAGGCACAAGAAAACAUCAAAACAUGGAACACCGGUGAAACAAGGACCUUCACCACCAACUGCAACCACUCCAGCCAAAGGACACAACAAACGAGAGAAGGUUUAUUGCAUUUGUCGAACACCUUAUGAUGAAACUAAAUUUUAUGUGGGUUGUGAUCUAUGUAAUAACUGGUUCCAUGGUGAUUGUGUUGGCAUAACGGAAGAAAGUAGCAAGACACUAACAGAGUUUAUAUGCAAUGAAUGUAAACAGGCCAGAGAUUCGCAAAAGUUGUACUGUCUAUGUCAGCAACCCUAUGAUGAUUCACAAUUUUAUAUUUGCUGUGAUCGUUGUCAAGACUGGUUCCACGGAAGGUGUGUUGGCAUUCUGCAGUCAGAAGCCGAUAAUAUCGAUGAAUAUGUAUGUCCAAGGUGUCAGCGAAACAAUUCCGUCAACUUUGCAAAUAUGAAAGAUUUGCAACCUAAGGACCAUGAAGGAUUGAGGAAGCUUAUCAAGCAAUUGCAGGUUCACAAGAGUGCCUGGCCAUUUAUGGAACCUGUGGAUCCAAAUGAGGCUCCAGAUUACUAUAAAGUGAUAAAAGAACCUAUGGACUUGCAAAUGAUCGAAACAAAAAUAAACGAUCAGGUCUACACGAAACUGAGUGAGUUCAUUGGGGACAUGACGAAAAUUUUUGAUAACUGUAGAUAUUACAACCCCAAAGAAUCGCCGUUCUACAAGUGUGCAGAAUCACUAGAGGCAUAUUUCGUCAACAAGAUAAAAUGUUUUCGGGACAAAUUGUAUGAAAAACAAUAAGUGAAGUUUACAUUGAAGAUUUUUAAAACUUUUUCUAUAUAUAAGCUUUCCAGAAGACUUUCAGCAGGUCUGGACGAUCUCAGCUUUAUUAAUUUUUGUAGUAUUUGGUCUAUUAUUGUUAGUGAUCUGCUAAAAGUCUUGAAUGUACAUAUAUAUAUUUAAAAACGUAGUUCUGUGAAUAUGUGUAUGAAUGAAAUUUUAUUUUGUAGUUAUUUUGAUAUAAUUUUGUUAUUUAUUCGUAAUUAUUUAAAUUGAGUAUUUGCCAAUGUGUAUAUGUAAUUCUAUAAUAAAAUCAAAUAUAUAAAUUUUAAAUUGCUCAGAUUUGAGGCAAAAAGUGUACAAUGAAUGAUACAUGCAAGCUGUUGAUUAUUAAAAAGUGUUUAAUAGA